UGAAAAAAAAGCGAAGCGAGUUACCUAUCGCUUCUCUGUUUAUAUUAUUUAAAAUACAAAAUAAAUAGUUUUCUGCUUAGAAACUUAAGAACAAAGGUCUAUAAGAGUCACAGAUGAGCUUCACCACAAUAAGGACGAAUGAAGAGGACCUCACAUCGCCGUCGUCAGACGAGAGAAUGGACACAGGCUCCGAAUCCUUCCGGUCACAGGACACUCCUAAUUCAGCUCUGUCCUCAGACUGCGACGAGCGGGAGCCAGACACCGUUCUCCGUCUGCAGAACCCUCAAACAAUCCUCAGGUUUUCAGACCACGAUAAAAUAAACUUUAACGACAGUUUGAUUCAUAAAAUGUCCAAUCUUCACCUGGAUUCCCCUAAAAUUAAUACUAGGCCACACUCGUUAGGCAUAAGUCCCCCAAAGCUGAGUUCAACCCUCACCCUGACAACGAAACACCCCUUAAUGGGCCUGUCCAGUCCCGAUGAAAAUUUCCCAGAUUUGAUACCGAAAAAAGUUCAUAAAAUCGAAGAUGAAAAAGACCUGAGUCUGUCUAGUAUAGAAGAUGAGCGCGCGACGUUCUUUUCGCCGCAGAGGAAUACGUCAAAGAACAAUUUGUAUUUCACCGAAAACUUCGUCACAGCGGACAGUCAGAUUCUAAACGAUACCCUGGACCUGCCACCGGACGUGGCGAGGAUCGAGAAACACGAGAGAAGGAAAAUAAAACCGAAAUACGGUGAUAUGAAAGAAACUUUGAAUGAUAACAGUGCCAUACAUUUCGAAAAGUUCUCUAGUCAAAGUACGCCAAAGUGCAAUAUCAAAGCUGUCGAUGUUACCCCGAAAGAGGAAUACCACAGUGGGGUGGCAGAAUGGUGCGAGUCUCCGUCCCACCUCCGCUCUAUACCUAACUUCGAACUGCCGAUCGAGAUGUCCAGCGCCGUGGGGUUGCGCAAUGAAUUGGAGUCUCCAGACGUGAUUUCCACUUCUACUCAGGAAGAUAGGUCCACGUACCAAGCGUUGCUAGAUCCUUACACGGGAAACGUGGCGCUCUGCCACACCGCCCCGCGGAGCCCUAGCAUACAGCGGCGGAAGAUACAGUUGCCACCUGAAGAUGACAGGUGUAGUCUGGACAGCGUCAGUGGAUGCUCCAUGGAGUCCGAAGAGGAACCCCUGGAACUGGACAACGCCAGGAGUUGUCCCGACCCCCGCAGCGAGGAUGAUGACGACACGAAGAGAUCGAAGUCAACGAACACAGUGAGCGAGUCCAGCGACCUCAUCCCGGAGUACUCCGCCGCGGACGAGCUGCGCCGGGAGCGGGGCUGGCGCUCCGUCAGCAGCCCCACCGCGUCCCCCCGCCGCGCGCUCUGCGACAUGAAGGUGAUCGAGCCGUACAAGCGCGUGCUGUCCCACGGCGGCUACGACGCGCACGGAGCCGCACUCAUCGUGUUCAGCGCGUGCCACCUGCCAGACAACUCGCGGCCCGACUACACCUACGUCAUGGACAACUUGUUCUUGUACGUGAUCUGGACCCUCGAGCGGCUGGUGACGGAGGAGUACGUGCUGGUGUACCUGCACGGCAGCGCCGGCCGCCGGAGACUGCCCGGCUUCCACUGGCUCCACGAGUGCUAUAAGCUUAUCGACAGGAGAUUACGCAAAAGCCUGAAGCACCUGUAUCUGGUGCAUCCGACGUUUUGGCUGAAAUCGUUUGUGAUACUAACCAAGCCCUUCGUGAGUUCGAAGUUCUUCAAGAAACUGAGCUACGUUCGUAAUCUACAAGAGCUGAUGCAGAGGGUCCCGGUGGAGCCCAACGCGAUCCCGGAGACGGUCAAACUCUACGACGCCAUGAGGAACUGAGGCCAACGUUGCGGCAAAUGUUAACGUUUUAUGAGCGGCAGAAUCUACCGCGCGCUGGUCCCGAGCGCACGGAGCCGCGAGUGUGCCAUUCUACGACACUAAAAUUGUAACCACAUAACUAGAUAAAUGAUAGCUUUAUGCACACUUAACAUCAAGCGAGCUGACGGCUUAGUGUUGUACGAUCGUGGUGCUCUAGAGACUAUUUUAGAUAACUCAGCUUUGUUAUGAUUUAGUGGAAGUUUCCUGUCUGUACUCAAUCUGCAAGACCAGGCGAUGAUAAGUGAUGCCUUCAUUGACGGGCCACUUACCGACAGACGUGCAGUCUGCUGCCAAGCGUGUCGGGACUCGUGUUACUAAUAUUCAUUAUCAAAAACAAUAUUUUAGCACACAAGUCAUCGCUUAUAAUCAACUGAGUCAUCUACUGUACUUAGUAAUGAGAUACAAACUUGAUUUAAUUAAUUUAGAAAUCAUUUUAUCUACACAACAAAAGCAAAAAUGUUUAUCAACAAUGAGUAUUCUACUAAACAAGAAGUGAAGACAUUCCAGUGUUAGGAUAUAUAAGUGACCACUUACGGUCAGUCGCAAAAUCGCCUCUCCGCUCCACCCCCCACACAUAAGUGUUGCCAGUGCACGCGGCGAAAGCGGUCGCACGUUGGCAACCCUACAGCGACUACAGAAACAUUAUCUCUAGUUGAUUAAUAUCUCAAAUUAAUCAUCUUCAUUUCAUUUCACUCCAUAUUAUCAUUUUUCAUAAAAAUAUAAAUAUUUCCAUUUU